AUGUCGCAGGAAUCGGCGGCAGAGCAGGAGAGGCAGGAAGUGCUCGCAUUAUUGCAUUCCACCACGGGUAGUAGAUCAAGAGGAUCUGUGAGCUCCACGGGAUCCGGUCAUAGAAUUGGAUGCGGGAGAAGUAAGUCACCAUUUACGACUAAUCCGCGUUCUCCUGUGCGCAGUAUGCUAGAUGUCGAUGGCGCUCCAGCGAUGCCUCGACACUCAUCUAUUGGUGGCACCAGUUCGGGAAUCACUGCACCGAUUCGAAGUAUGCUUGAUGUUGAUACGCCAUUACCAGCGGCACCCGCUGUGCGAACACGGUCAAAUGGAGAGCUAUCCUCGUUAAGUCAGAAGACUCGGCAGAAUCGAUCGAAAAAUGAGGAUUUCGACAUUAAUGGGGCUCGAUUAAAGAAGGAUUAUGUGCCCAUGGAAGGCGAGGAAAGCAUUAUUGAUAGCACUGAUGAAUCGGAUGAUGAGGGAUCACGAGGGCGCAGAGAGGCGAGAAGACAAGAUGUUGCGGCCAAGGAAGCUUUGAAUGAGAAGUACAAAGUCAAAUCACUUCUUGAUCCACAAAUAACCUUGACCGGGCCUGCCGGGCACAAGGCCAACAAGCCUGUGGUACAUCCGCAUACAAGUUUUGAUCCCGACGGCUCUGGGGAUCCUAGUCCACACGAUUCUGACACUGAGGCUGACCGAGGCGACGUCAAAAAGGCCCAAAGUCUCUCGCUGACUAUGUCCGCAAUUAAGUCAACUCCAAUCACAUCACGCUGCGUUCGUACUAUUCAUCGUGGAGAUUUCAAAAAAGUUCAACAGGAAGCCCGCGACAAUCAACGCCGUACUAGGAAGUACCUCGUCGCGACAGAUCUUAGUGAUGAGGCAGCACAUGCUUUGGAAUGGACUAUUGGAACGGUACUGAGGGAUGGAGAUACAAUGCUUGCUAUUUACUGUGUUGAUGAAGAGCUUGGCAUAAUAACUCCGGAUAACAGUGGUGAUGAUGCCCAGAUCAAACAACAAAUAUCUGCUAUUGCUGCAGCGCAAAGAUCUGCUAGAGCAUCUCGUGCCAACACCCCUUUACUGACGCCUAGUAUAGGACCGAUUCCGCUGAACCAUAGCUUCAGAUUGGAUUCGGGAAGUAGAGCGCCAAGUCCAAUGGGAAGAGACUCGAGAAGCAAAGCGGAAAAUGAUCGAUUCCGAGCGGUGGAAGAUAUUACUGAUAGAGUGUCUGACCUUUUAAGGAAGACAAAGUUACAAGUACAAGUCAACAUUGAAGUUCUUCAUUGUAAAAAUCCUAAGCAUUUGAUCACUGAGGUGAUUGACUACAUUAAUCCAACUCUGGUCAUUCUGGGAAGCCGUGGGAGAAGUGCUCUGAAGGGUGUCAUUUUGGGAUCCUUCUCUAAUUAUCUCGUUACUAAAUCAUCAGUCCCCGUCAUGGUUGCUCGAAAACGUUUACGAAAACACAACAAGCAAAAGCGCACUCCAAACAUACGUCUCGCAAAUAAUCUCACUAAUCCAGUAGUUAAAUCAUUGGCGAGUGCGAAGAUUGAUUGA